AUGGACAAAUGCUUAGAUUUGAUUCAAUAGCAAUGUCCGAGUUUGACCACCAGAUCGAUCAAUCUUUUAUUGCAAUUGUUCAACUACUUUUAGAGUGGGCCUCCAUCUAAGAAGUCUGCUAAACCAAUUAAUUCUACUCAAUUCAAAGUGUAAAUUUAGUUACAAAAUAAUGUGAUUAAGUACAUGGAAUUCAAAGAAGGUGACAAUACUACAAUCAAUCAAUGGAAAUAAAAGUUGGCUGAAGACUUAGAGGUUGCAUAUUUACAAUUAGAUAUUACUAUAGAGAAUAAGCCUAUUGAGUAAUAAUUUGAUGUGGUUGAAACUUUUGUUAGUUAAGCCUUCUAUUAGUUAGCAACUGUGAAAGUGAAGAUCAACAAUAAGAACCAUCCUAAAAAUUACCUUUCUUAAGAAUAACGUACUUUCGAGAUUUUAUUUAAAUUGCUCGAUAAAUAAGAGAGCAUCGAAUUCUUAAGUUAAGUUUGGGAUUUAAUUAAUAGGUUGCCUAUCAACAUUAUGAAAAAAAGGUAAGUAGAGAAUUGUAAGGAUUGGAAAUAAUACUUAGACCAUCAAUUUUUUGAUAUGUUUUAUGUAUUAUAAAUCAUCUAAACAUUAUUAGAAAAUGAAUAAUGGUGUGAAUAAUUUAAUAAUAGUGAUGGUGUUGAUUUGAUUACUGAAAGAUUUUUUGGGCAGUCGUUCUAGUUUUCAUAGCGUCCUCUUGAAAUCAAGUGCUUUCUGGCUUAUUUAGAAAUUUUAAGUCAUCAUCGAAUCAGAAUUAAAGAGGCUUAAUUUAUUGAAUAGAUUAAGUCAAAGAUAAUCGAAAGCAUUCAACAAUUUAGUCUCUAUGUUAAAACCAAAAAGAAGUUAGAAGCUGGAUAAAAGAAAUCUGCAUAAUAAAAGGAAAUGAAUGAGGUAGAGUUCCGUCUUCUUAGAAAAUGCUUUUAGUAUUUGGAUUAAGAUGGAUGCAAAUAAUACAUCAAAAAUUCUGAAUUAAAUUAAUAACUCUAUGCUUUCUUUGUUGAACAUGAAAAUCAUGAACUAAAGAAGGAAUAUAGUUUAUAAUUAUUAAACCUAAAAAACACUCCUGAAAGCAAAUUGCUAAUUAAAAUUGUUCUAGAAGAUGUUUUGAAGGAUGUGAUAUAAAAUAACAAAUAAAAAUGUGAUCAUUUUUUCGAAUUCUGUUGUAAUUUAAUACAGCAAGAACAAAACUUGGCUAUAUAGAAAUUAAAUUUUGAGGAACUCUUGGUCUACAUUAGAUAGAAAUUGGAAGAGUUACCCUUUAAUGAAAAUACAGUGAAGGAUUAAGAUCAAAUCUUGAUUGGUUUAUUGAAAUUGUUAAAUGUUUUAAUAGAUAGAAUCCAAUAGUUAUCAAUUCACUAAGGAUUAUUCGAAUAAAUAUUAAGUUAUUUAUUUGAAAAUGAAGGAGAGACCAGAUGUAAAUGCAAAUCACAGUAAUCCAGGACAGCUGGGUUCAAUUGUUUCUUUACUUUUAAAUUCCUCAAUGAAGUAUCUCCUCUGCAUUAUACUCAUACUUGGAGAACAAAGAACUUCAAUGAUUGGAAUAUUCAAAGUAGAUUUCAUGAGAAAUCAUCAACUGGUUAUGUUGGCCUAUAUAAUUUAGGGUGCAUUUGCUAUAUGAAUUCCUUGCUUUAAUAGUUAUACAUGGUUCCAGCAUUUAGAGAAAAAUUACUGUAAAUUGAGGACAAAAGUACAUGCGCAUAAGAAGAGAAUUUAUUACAUUAAUUGAAGUGUUUGUUUUUGGCCCUUAAACAUUCGCAAAAACAAUAUCACAACCCAAAGAAAUUCUGUCAUGCUUUUAAAGAUUUUGAUGGAAAUCCAACAAAUAUUUUUGAAUAGAUGGAUGUUGAUGAAUUUUGUAAUCUUUUGAUGGAUAGAAUAGAGUUAAACAUCAAGUCAACUUCUGAUGAAGAUUUAGUUAAAAGAAACUUUGGUGGAGCAAGACUUGUCCUCACUAUUCAGAAAGAGAGGAACCAUUCUUCGCUAUUUCUUUUGCCAGUGGCUAAUAAAAAGAACUUGGAAGAGUGCUUAUAAACAUUGGUUCAAGGUGAUUUGCUAGAAGGUGAAAAUGCUUAUAGUUGUGAACAAUGCAACAAGAAGGUGAGUGCCUUAAAGAGAACUUGUAUUAAAAAGUUACCUGACCAUCUUAUCUUAGUUUUGAAGAGAUUUAAUUUCGACUUUGAUUUGAUGGCAAAAGCCAAAAUAAACGAAAGAAUAGAGUUCCCAUUUGAAUUGGAUCUUUUACCUUAUUCGCAAUAAGGAUUAAGACAAUAGGAGAACAGAGCGAAUCCAGAAAAUGGAUAGGAUAACCCAUCAGAGUACUAUCAAUAUAGAUUGACAGGAGUAGUCAUUCAUAUUGGUUCAGCUGACUCUGGGCAUUAUUAUUCAUUCAUAUAGGAUAGAUGUGAUUUCAAUAAAUGGUAUGAAUUUAAUGAUAUAUUCGUAUCAUCUGCAGAUGUCAAGGAUGUCAAAAAUGAUGGUUUUGGAGGUGUUGAUAGAUUGCUGAAAACUAAAUAUCCCAACUAAUUUAAGGAUAAGUAGAAGAGUGCUUACAUGCUGUUUUAUGAACGAGUUAAGCCUUUAAAUGGUAAGGAAGAAUUGAUGGAUAUUGAAUUCGAUUAGAAAACUUCUCAAUUCUUAGAUGAGAUCAAGGUUGAAAAUAGGAAAUUUUAGAUUCAGAGAUUCAUAUUCAGUCCUGAAUAUUUCAUCUUCAUUCAGAACUUGAUAAAAUUUGAACUGCAAUCCAAUGAAGUUUCAGAACAGAUCGUUAAGACCUUAGUGUUCUUUUACUUGACUUGUGCAGUAAGAGAGAAUGAUAAAACAUUUAUUUAAAAUAACAUUUUGGAUAUUUAGGAACUUCUAAGAAGAGCUCCGAAUACAUGUGAAUGGCUAUUGAAAUGUUUCAAUCAAUAUCAUUAUAUCAGAGAAUUCCAAUUUGAUUGCUCUAAGAAAAUGGUGAGGAAGUUUGUGAUUUCUCUGGUUGUGACAGCAAUUGAAACUGUGCAAAAGAAAGAAGGAUAUAAGGUUUUGGAUGAGUAAGUGGAUGAUAAGCCAACGUCUUUGGUUGCCUCUUUAAUAAAUUCGUGGAUUCGAGUGUUGCCAGAUCUAAAGAGGAGUCUCAAAAAUUCAAUUGAAUAUUAUGAUCUAUUUUAUAGAUUUGCAAGGUUGAAUGAAUAGAAUUCACAGUAUUUGAUUUCCAAAAAGAUAGUGGGGAAACUCUUGGAUCUUUUUAUGGACACUAUGUAAAUAAACUAUAGUAAAUUGUUCAUUCCUUAUAAGGAAAGUGUGAGAAAGCAGGAUGAUCUUAAGUGUAAACAAUUUAGCGAGGAUCCAAAUAGUUUCUUGGGAUAACAAAACAUCUAAAAUGUAGAUAUAGCGUCUAAUUAUUAUGAUGAACUUCUGGAGAAGAAAUUUGAAAAGUCUAUGAAUUCUGGUCCAUCUUCAAGCAGAGUCUACAUGUGGAGACUCAUAGCCUUCUUGCUCAAAACUCAAGGAAAGAAUGCUUUGAGUAUGGAGGAAUAAAACCUAUUACAAUUUGACAAUUCCAUAUUGAUGGCGCUUUUGGAAGAAGGGGAUUGCAAACUGGCCAUUAGGAUGAUAUCUGACAUUCUUUCGAUUCUAUCCUAAGACAAUUAAAAAUAGACUGAAUAGAUCAUUUAAGCAAUCAUUAAACAAAUAAACGAUAAAGAGUACAAGGAGUAUAGAAAAUAUUUGGUUGUUUUGAAACGAUUAUUCACAGUCAAGGAUUCACUACAAUAAAUGAGAAUUCACUAAGGAAUGAGUAAAUUAUUGGAAGUCAUGUAAAAGUAAUCGCAAUACUUCUUUGAGACGGAUGUGUGCUAAUAAUAUAUACUGAGGAUGGUAUUUAGAAAUCAAGCAGUCUAUCAAUGGAUGGUCAAGAACCAAAGAUUGUGGUAAUGGAUCAUCGAAACAAACAAUACCUAAUCAAAUCCAAAUGAGAAACUGAUAUCAAAUAAUUCUAAUUCACAAAAGUGUAAUCACAGAUUGCAUAACAUUUAUUUGCCUAUUACAUUCUAAGCCUAUGCCAAGUUCUUGAAUUGGAAGAAAUUGCAAUUCUUGAAUCUGGCCAAGGAACCAUUUAAAUAGAAUGAAGAUUUUGAUAGUGACGAUGAUUUAGCAGACAAAAUUGUUAAAGUCGACGAUAAAAUAGAUUACUAUGAUUAAAAUUCAUGGAUUACUGCCACUGUGAGUAAAGUGAUGGGGGAUUAUGUUCAUCUUACUUUCAGUGGAAAAAUGGCCCCUCAAAACAUCGAUAUAGAAUUAGAUUGUGAAAGACUCGCUCCUUUUAAUACAUUGUCAUCCAACAAUAAAAUCCCAGGAUAAAAUAAUCAGGAGAUGGCAAUAGAACAUUAAUCCGACCACGACAAUGAUACGGAAGAGGGUAACAAUAAUUCCAUUAAUUAAACUGAUUCAGAUGAAGAGUGAAAUUAAGAAUCAAUCAAGUAUUAUAAUAAACAGUUAAUAUAAUUAAUAAAUAUUAAUA